AAAAUGGACAAGUACCUAGCACACUCUGUAUCUGAAGCUGCAUCAGUUGCAUGGACCCAUUAUACAACUACAGAGAGAGCAGAGCCACUGCUUGCAAGACUCCACUAUCAAUCAGAUCUCAAUAACCUCACUAAAAGUGACAAUCUCAAUGAACAAGAUGAAGUACCGGUACCCACUGAUGACCAACCAAGCUCUGAAGAUGGACAAUUUGAUCUCUACACGGCCCAGUCCCUAGUUUGUGAGCUCAACAAACAGGUGAUGAUGUCUCAAGCAUUAGCAGCAGAAGCCACGUUCAUUACACAGCAAGCUACAUUUGAGGUACAUGAGCAGCCCCUCCCCCCAGAGGAUGAAGCCAGAGAAAUGCCCUGAAAAUAUUACGAUAGAAACUGUUGUAUCAUAAGACACCACACGGCAGCAAAGUGAUGAAGUCAUAGCAACGCAAGACAACUCUCUGCAGUAUUUGGCCGAAUGUAUGGUUGGAAAAUUGCCGUGUGCUUGUGCUGCCGAGACAAGGUUCACAGAGGUCACCAGUAGAGUACAUCCAAUGGACACCACUAUAGACGAACCUUCACCCAAAGAUCCUACAAUGGAUACGGUAUUAUUGUCCGACACAAGGAGACCAAUUGUCAACGAUGUCAUUGCAAGUACUGCAGGUGAACAGUCCUGACCGUGUCUGGAUACAGCUGGCUGAGUACCCAGAGCAUGACCUGGAGGAGCUAUCAGUUGCCAUGACCACCAGUGACCCCAACACUAUGAGCAGAGGCGAGUUGAUGGUUGGACUGUAUUGUGCUGUGCUUGUGAGUGUUGGAGGCACUCAAGAGAGAGAAGAGGAUGGCUUCUACAGGAGAGCUAGAGUGACAGAGGUCAAUCGACCACACUACAUUGGACAGGCUCCACUGGAGCUGAUAGAUUGUGGCUCAACGAUGCACAGUGUGUCACUCCUCUACAAGCUCCCCCACGGACUGAGAGUGGGCGUGGUCCCUCCCCACGGCUAUUGACGGCCUCUACUCAACAUUCAAUCACGGAGAGGAAUGAUUCCCACUGGACAAACAGCUACUAUAGAAACACCUACGACACAAAAUGGUGUUUGCCAAGGUUACCAGGAAACCAUCCGGGCUACAAGUUGGUGUCGUCGAUAUCUACUAUGAUCGUGUUGGCAAGAACACAGUAACUAACCUGCUCCUCACUAAAGGACUAUACCUCAGCUCCACCUCUCUGCUAGCCAAGACCACACCCACACCUUAAACCACCCCCUCACAAGCAGUGACCAAUCCCCCACGAUCAUUACUAUUUUGGUUCAGUUACCUACUAAAGAAAUCAAAACAAUUCAUGACCCUCAAAACAGAAACUAUUUGUGCACUAAAGAGACAUCAUCAAUGUUAGCUGUACUACAGUGGUUUUCCAUACCUUUGCAGGCUAUACUCCAAGAGCACUGCAACCACAAUGUACUGAUUACCUGUCUGUGUUAUUUUAGUCCACCCACACAUCACAAAAAUCAAUGAUGGGUAAAAUACUGGCUAUUGCAGACUUUUCACACAACUCAAGGGGUUACUACUCUACUUUCACAGCACUCCUUCUAUAAUUAUAAUGCUUGAGGUCAACAAGCUGCUUUCGGAAAUAUCCAAUUUUGAGCCUAGUAAAUAUAGGCCCUCCGCUCCCUAUAGCUAUACAUACAAGUUUUAGCUCAUAUCAUUUUGCCACAAUGAACCAAGCAACAAGUUAGCUGAGCUACCAUCAGAGCUACCAUCACUUCAGUCAGAUAAAAUAUGAGACACCUGGAACAUUUAGCGGCUAUUAUAAUUAUUUGGUGAGUGAGCUAUUAAAAUUUGGCGAUUUUUAAUUUGACGUCUUAGGCUAAUACAGCAAUUAGGUCCACUAAUUUGGCAGUUUUGAAAUUGCCAAAUUAAAACCAGUUACAGUUUGCAUUUUGCAGGCCAUAGCAAGUAAUCUUGUUGGCUUGUUACUAACAAUCAUAACAGAAGCCAACCAAAAUACUAUAUUUACUACAUUGUGGUUGCAGUGCUCUUGCAGUAUAGCCUGCAAAGGUAAGGAAAACCACUGUAGCACCGACAAACUUGUUUAAUGGUGUCAAAGUGUCUACUUGUGAGAAAGGAGAUUGUAAGGAAGCUGCCAAUUGCUGGUAUCAAGAUGCCCCUCUGGAGAGAGCCUCGUUAAGCGGGGAGGACUCCUGGUCUAACGAGUCUGAUGAGUGCUGUCAUAGCGACCGUCGUCUGAGCAGCAAGUCCCUAGUGUUGACAAGUGAUUAUCAUUUGAGAACUGAAAGUUUAACUGAAUGAUGACUGGACUAGCUAUUAUUAUAGCCUAACUGCAAAUAUUGUAUGACCAUAGAUAUGGUAUGACUGUGAAGAAAUGUGGGUGUAUCUCAGUUACAUAUUUUCGCGAGUAUUAAUUUCUGAGUAAAAUCGCAAACAUUAAUUUGUACUAGAAAAUGCAAUGAAUCUCAUUAAAACACUAUAGCUGGGUGAAACGCUAUGAAUAACAUUAAUUUUACAACUUAGAGCAGCCUACUGCUACUUCAGUUCAUUGCUUACUUUUACCAUAUGCCUUAACCCAUUUUCUGAUUGUAGGUAAGACUUUAUACAGUAGCUGCAGAGGUAUAGUGAAUGUAUAUAGCAUGUAUAUAGCUAAUUAUACAAAGUUUAUGCCAUAUUCAACAUUCUACACAAUUGCAUUCUUCAGAUCUGAGAAACAAUUUCUAACGAUGGCCGAAGGACCUGAUCCAAUUGUUGCUGAUCUCGAGCAAGAGGUGACCUGUGGCAUCUGCCAUGACCGCUACCAGGAGCCAAAGCUGCUCCCUUGUUGUCACUACUACUGCAAGCAAUGCAUCUUCACACUCUCCAGUCGCUACCGACCCAACCAGCCGUUCCCCUGCCCCGACUGUCGUGAGCCCACUCUAUUGCCAGGCAACAACCUAGACAGACUGCCCACUUCAUUCGUCAUCAACCGGAUGAAAGCACUCCACUCGAGAAUGGAGAAAGCCCACGGCAAGUUGGAGACCACCUGUGAAAUGUGCUCUGGGGGAAAGGCCACUGCAUUCUACCGACAGUGUGUCCAGUUCAUUUGUGAGGAUUGUGUAAGAUCUCAUCAGCAUAUGAAAGUGUUUGCUACACAUAUCGUCUCCACUCUGGACGAGCUCAAACAGGGCGGAGUGAAAGAUCUAACAUUCGAAAGCCCACUACCCCCAAAAUGCGAGGAUCAUGAGGAGCCAAAGAAGAUUUUUUGUUUCGAUUGCAAUAAGCUCAUCUGUCGAGACUGUGUUGUGUUCGAUCAUUGUGACCACAAGUCAGAGUUAGUUAAGAAAGCUGCCCCCGAAACUCGCAAAAAGCUGACGGAGCACCUCUCCCCACUCAAGAACCUACUGCCUGAUCUGAGCACCGCUGUGAAUCAAGUGAAAGGAACUAAACAGAAGAUCCAGGCCCAGAAAGAACUGACAGAGAGACAAGUGAAUGCCAAGUUUCAGGAGCUACACGAUAUUCUCGAUCAAUACAAAGUCCGUGUUUUACGAGAAUCUUCUGCUUUGGCUAAUUCAAAGAUGGAGAAGCUGACGGUUCAAGAGAAAGGUCUGGACCUGUCCCUGGGCACUGCUCAGAGUUUAAUUGACUUUGUAGAGCGUACACUGGAGAAUGCAAGUGAUGAAGAACUGAUUACGAUGCAAGAGCAGGUGGUGAGUCGAAUCGAUGCCGAGGUAGUGAAGGAAGCAGCCAAUUCUGAUCCAGUGGAGAAAGAUGAUUUUGGAGUUGAGGUGUUUGUUUAUAAGGGUCUCAAGGAGUUGUGUAAGAACAACGUUAUUGUGUAUGACGGUACAGUGGAUCCAACGAAGUGCACUGUGGAAGGAGAUGUAGUUAAAAAUGCUGAAAUCGAUAAACCUGCUUGCUUUUCAAUCAAUAUACACCAUCCACGACAAUUUUCAAAAGCUAAAGCAACUUUAAAAUUGCUAGCUGAUCAAUCAUCUCAACAGCUACAAGCAGUGCCUAUGAGGGGUGGAGUGUACAGUGUUGAGUACACCCCUAGGGUACGUGGUCGACACCACCUCCUGAUCUCAGUGGACGACCAGCCUAUUUCAGGAAGCCCAUUCUCUGUGUUCGUCAAAAUACCCCCCACCAAGCUGGACAAACCUGUGAGGGUGAUAAGAGGAAUCAACAACCCUCGGUAUAUGGCAUUCAACUCAUCAGAAGAACUGAUUGUAACUGACUGGAACGGUGAUAUUUUGAUGUUUGACAAGAAAGGAAAACAAAUUCAAAGCAUCAGCAAAUCAAUACAUUGGUUUGGCAGUAUCUCUCGUGUGGCAGUAGACAAGGAAGACAACAUCUAUGUCUGUGACAGGUACAAACACUGCGUGUACAAAAGAGGAUAUCUGCUAAAAUGGUUUGGGACGAGGGAAAGUGUUCUAAAAAAACUCUACUACCCUCAAGGGAUAGCAGUCGCUGGUGAUGAAGUGUUUGUGUGCAAUCGAGGGAAUUACGGAGUCCAAGUGUUGACGACAGAGCUGGGGCCAGUCAAGCAGAUUGAUUCAAUGGAAACUGGUAAUGACCUACCAGAGGACGUUGCGGUGGACAAUGAACAAAUGGUGUAUGUCACUGACUAUGGUAAUCAUCGUGUUCAAGUGCUCACUAUGGAUGGUCGGUUUAUUCGAAAGAAAGGAAAUGGACAAGGAGAUCUGUCUGACCCUUAUGGUGUGUGUGUCAGUAGUUUUCUUUAUGUUGCUGAGUAUACUAACAAGCGUGUGUCAGUGUUCACUAAAGAUGGUCAGUUUGUCACAUCAUUUGGUAAUGGUCAUAUCACUUCUCUUAUGGAGUAGCUGUGGACAGUGAGUGAUGGUUUUGUGUAUGUGUGCAGAGAAGGAUCUGUUGUUAUCUUUUAGUGUUUUGUGGUUGUCUUCACUUUGUUACUUACCUUAUUUGUGUGUGUGCAGUAGCGUAUAUCUGUGGUUUUGUAGUCUACCAGUAUAUAUGUGUAUAUUGUUUAUUGAUUGAACGAAUUUAUGAACUUUACGUAAAAGUAAUAGCAUAACUAAGAUGUGAGUCAAAUACAGUCAGUGCAC